CAAAAGCUGCGAUUGCUGCUGCCUGUGCUCCCGUGGCGCCAUGGCCGGGCCCGGCAGCUUCCCGCUCGUCGCCCUGCUCCUCAGCCAGUGCCUGGACACCGGGAGCAGCAAGGCAGGGCUGAAGCUCUGGGCUGAGGACCCCAUGGCCCUGGGGUCCCCCCUGCAGCUUCACUGCGCCUUCCCGGGCCAGGAGCACAUCACCCUGGUGAGCUGGUGGCGCUGGGGCCAGAACUGGAGCCGUGAGGACCUGGCCGUGAUACACCCCACACACGGGGCCCACGUGCUCCCCGCUGUCCGGGGCCGCCUGCGGAUCACCAAUGUGUCCGACGACGGGCAGGUGGGGCUCACGGUGCCCAGCCUGGAGCUCGCGCACAACGACACCAGCUACUGCUGCAAGUUCUCCACCUUCCCCUCCGGCGUGUCGGAGCAGUGCCUGCAGGUCCUGAUCCCCGAGCCUGCCACUGACCCCUCCCCGGCCCCCCACUCCUUGGGCCGCACCUUCCUGCGCCCCGACGUGCUGGGGACGCUGGGCACCGGGGGCUUCUUCCUGCUGGGGAGCGUCCUACUGCUGGGCCACCUCCUGCGGGAGUGGACAAGGAGGAGGAGGAAGCUGAAGGUCUCUCCUCCCCACCCCGACCUGCCCAGCUCUCAGGCGACCCCCAUGGCUCUGUGGGUGCAGCAGGGGCUGCCGGGGCGGCGCAACUCUUUCUCCGCCCCCUACGUACUCAUCAACUUGGACUAUUUCACCCCCCAGUCCAGCGCCGCAGCCCACGGGGGGCCCCUGCCCCCUACGGUACCCCCCCGGCCUGGCCGGGACAGAGGGCAGGGCCCGGGGAAGAGCAGGGCCACGCGCUGGGAGCAGGGGCGUGAGGAGCAGUGCCCGGACCUGACGCUGACUUCCUUCCCCUCGGGAUUUGGCGCCCCCCAAAGCUUGAGGGACCGUCCCACCUCUGCGAAGACAGGACGUUGUCCACCCCUCGUGCCACGCGCAGGAUCCCAUGGCUGGAGCCGACCUCUCCCAGAGCCGCCCGCCCCGGAGCCGUUGUGACAGGAUGGGAAUUUUCUGGAACAUUUUCUGUGGAGACUGUGUGUGCCUCAGUUUCCCCCGACACGCAGUGUGGUGGGAAAAGGCGGCUCGCUCUCGGGCUGGGCACAACAUAGGGGGGACCGGCGCUGGGCUGUCCCAAUCUCUGGAGACAAUGGCAAAGUGAGUGACCGGGACAUUUGGUACCGAGCGACCAUGAACAGCCCCCGCCCGCAGGCAGCUGGCUGGGUGGCCCCAGCCAGAAAGCCAAGAACCAAGCCGGGCUGGGCUCUGGGUGACCUGGGUGGGCCAGGCUGAACCUCUGUGUUCUCCACAAAUAAACCACCCGGGGGGGGAAAACUGGUCUCAGCGAGCCCCCCCCCCCGCCCCCGUUCCUCUAGGUCCUACAGAUAAACACGCUGCUUGAUUCGCUGUCUCGGCCAAGGGGCGGGUGCUUUGUUUGGUUCUGGCAGCGGCUGUGAGUGACGGAGUGGGCGAGUCCCCCCCCAGGGACUGGAGCUCAUGGACAGCAUCCGGGGGGCUGCAGGCUCCGAUCUCCAGCCUGAGGAGGCGGUGAAGCCGCAGGGCUGACCUUGGAGGAAGGAGGAGACCCCCUCGGGGCUCUAGUACACUGACGGGUUCAUCCUAGAGACCGUGAGAGCUGUCCCUCCCCAGUGCCACCCGCAGAGCCAUCCCCUCCCGGUGCCAGGACCGCAGCCGUUCGCCCCUCGGUGCUGCCCUGGAGCUGGCCAGGGCAUUAUGGGCCAUCUUGGGCCCUGGCCUGCAGGGGAUGAUCUUGCCCAGGUCCUGGGAGGGUCUUGGGGACAGCGACAGCUGCCCCUCGCCCCCGCCUCCCCGAACACCUGGGUCGGUUUCAGAGCAGGGCCUCAGCAACAGUGGUUUCCUGCCUGGCCCCGGACUGCGAAGAUGCUGCUGCUAUGUUGUGUCACAUCCUGUGGUGGUGGCUGAUUUCACCCCACGGGCGCGUCACCAGCGCUGUGGUUCCUCGCAGCUCCGGCCCUGAGUGUCCGUCCAUUGCUUUGUGUCUGUCUGUCUGCUGCCCGCCCACCCCUUCCCCAGGGCCCCUGCCCUCGGGGGGAAAUCUGGUCUCAGCGAGGCCACCCCUGUUCCUGUAGGUCCUACAGAUAAACAGGCUGCUUGAUUCGCUCUCUUGGCCGGGGGGCAGGUGCUUUAUUUGUUAACAGCAGUAGGGCAGGUGUUGACGCCACCUCACUGCACCCGUCUCCCGCUGCCACAACGUUCAUUGCUGGUGGGUGCAGGGAGCUGUGGGGUACCCCGGGUACCAGCGCCCCUGCAGUGCAUUGUGGGAGAUUCCCAAGUGCUGCGGAAGAUGGGAGCAGGAGGCGGAGCUGGGCCAAGCAGGAGGGCGGAUUUGAUCACAGGCACCACCUUGGGACCGUCAACUGAUGUGCUGAAAUGACCUCUGAGCCUGGUUCCCCUGCCAGCUUGGGACUCCAACACCCUGCCUUGUGGA